CCACCGCCAGCCCUAGCUGCUGCCCCGGCGCAGGUUCAGGGAGCAAGUUUCCGAGGUUGGAAAGAAGUGACUUCUCUGUUUAAUAAAGAUGAUGAACAGCAUCUACUCGAAAGAUGUAAAUCUCCCAAAUCCAAAGGAACUAAUUUACGAUUAAAAGAAGAGUCAAAGACAGAGAAGAAGUCUGGAUUUUGGGACAAUUUGGUUUUGAAACAGAAUAUACAGUCCAAAAAACCAGAUGAAAUUGAAGGUUGGGAGCCUCCAAAACUUGUUCUUGAAGAUGUAUCAGCUGAUUCAGAGGAUGCCUCGAGUGACCGCCUGUCAUGGCCAGGCUGGGAGGAUGACACCAAGGGCUCAACAAAGUACACUAGCCUGGCCAGCUCCGCAAACAGUUCAAGGUGGAGCCUCCGGUCAGCGGGGAAGCUGGUGAGCAUCAGACGGCAAAGCAAAGGCCACCUGACAGAGAGCCAGGAGGAGGUGGAGUGAGGCCGAGCUAUGUUGCACAUGUGCGCAGACCACACUGCUACCACCUGAGCUGCUUAGAGUUUGCAAAGUCCCAGAGGGUUUUUAUUAGUAUAUACCAUCAAGUUGUUUAGUCCUUUCCAUAUUAAAAAGAAUAGAUAAUCCACUUUGUGCCUAUA